UUAUCACUACAACGUAAGCAAUCGAAGAAAAAGACAAUCUCUGACGUUGUGGUGUAUGGCUGCUAUGGUUACUAUGGUUGCUACGGCUCUUCAUGGUUGCUACGGCUCUUCAUGGUUGCUACGGCUCUUCAUGGUUGCUACGGCUCUUCAUGGUUGCUAUGUCUUUCUAUUGCUGUCGUAAUCACUCUGCCGCAACAGGGAACCUGGCUAAAAAAACUGAUGAUCAAGAGCAUUUAAUAAAGAGUUCGAAUUAUUGGAGUUGUCAUUUGUUAAGUGAAGACAUCACAAUAGCUAAAGAAUUUUUAAAUUAUAAUCAGCUUAUGAAUCAGAAAAUAUUAU